AUGGCUUUGGUUCAAAAUCGACUAACUGUGUUCUAUGUUUAUGGUGCUCAUAUGAUUUGGUCACCUGCUGCAUUUCUAUGGAUAUGGCUAGCUGUUAUUCCUGAUGUUCUAGUCCUCCUCCUUCUUUUUGUUUUGUUAAUUUAUAUUCCAUGGAAAUGGCCAGAUUCAAAUCGAUAUUAUAUUCUGUUUGGUUUAAUUUUUGCAUCGUUCGUUCUAAUAAUUCUUUCAUCGAAUAUCCUACUGCUAAUUAGAACAGGUUAUACCAUCAAUUGGAAAGUAGUUUUAGCAUUGAAAGUGAAAUCGACAGCUAUUCUAUAUUGGCCUGAAUUAUUCAAAUUUGUUUUAAUUUUAUUUUCACAGCUGUUUCUCGGUUUUGUACUAUGGAGAAUAGGGCAUUCUUAUGUUCGAAAAACAAUAAAUAGUCAUUAUUUUCGCCCACUACAUACUCGUUACGUUGUUGUUAGUAUUAUUUUUGGACUUUUAGUAAUUUACUCAACUAUUGUUGUAUACUUUCCUCCAGUACAUUCGUGGAAAGAGCCCUCAUUAAAUGUAGUACUGAGUUUGUUUCCAGCGACGUUUAACUACUACGGAAAAAACGAAGAAACAGUGCAAGACUACUGGGAGAAAAAUGAAACAGAUUUCAUAGAGCAAUUUAUUCGUGCUCCCAAAAUUCAAAUAUCUCAACCGACUACAAUUCUAAGCAAACCUGUCAAACAUAUCUUCCUAAUUAUUUUAGAAUCCAUUCGUGCUGAUGUUCUUCCAUUCAAUUUUAACUUUAGUACAAUUAUAGGCACCAAAUCUCGUACUAAUGUAACUGCAGAUGAUGUGAGUCCAUUUUUUAACUCUCUGUGGAAUGAUUCUGUUCGUACUACUGCUACGACGAUCGCUACAUACACAUUGAAAAGUUUAAUUGGCACCUUAUGCGGUAUAUAUCCACUGAAUGUCGAUUUCUUGCAAGAGGCUAAUGCGAAGAAUAAAUUUUAUGAGAUCUGUUUACCAGAACUACUUCGGCAAACAUUUCGUACAUCGGCAACUUCAUCAUCGUUUCGUUCGGCAUUUUUUACUUCUGCUCGGGACGACUUCGAUCGUCAACGAGAAUUGAUCAGACGAAUGAAAUUUGAUAACGUUUACAGUGGAUUCGACGUUGUCAAUCGAACGGGAUCAGCUCCUGAUGUCGGUAUGUUUGGGCCAUCAGAUUCAACGAUUUUACCUCUAUUGUGGGAUUGGAUUGACAAUAAUUUAGAUGGAAAAAAAGAAAAUAAACUAAUGACUAGCUUACUCUUGACUGGCACACAUGAACCAUUUGUUAUGCCACCAAAAGAACGAAUCUAUCGCAAUUAUCUCGAAGAUACACGCGCAAACAAGUACCUUAAUACAAUACGAGUAACUGAUACUCUUUUAAAAACUAUUAUUGAUGGAUUAAAAUCACGAGACUUGUACAGUGAGACGUUGAUCGUCAUUGUUAGCGACCACGGAUAUGCCUUUCGUGAUUGGGGUCGAAAAUCUCUUGCUGCAUGGAGAGUUCCAUUUGAAUGUGCAUUUCGUGUUCCACUAAUGCUGCACAAUCCAAAUCUGAAAGCAAAACAACUUGAUGGACAGUACACAAAUAUGGAUAUUUUGCCGACGAUUAUGGACGCACUAUUGUCAUCGCAGGAGACUCUUAAUGGGUCAGUCAAUAGGCUACUUAAUGUGCGACAAGAUCAACUCAACUCAGUCUUGUCGCAAUACGAAGGAACGUCUCUUCUUCGUCUUUCUAACGCACAUAAAAAUCAACGAUACACGUUUCACCUAGACAAUCCUGGUAAUUCUCAUGUUAUUGUUAAGCAAUACCCACGAAAACUUGUGUACGAUGUACAUUAUGAUGAAGCGCGUCUCUUUCAUCUAGGAUACGAUCCUCAAGAAUCUAUUAAUAUCAUUUCAUUUGAUCGCCACGAUUAUAAGGGAGCUUAUCCUGGUUGGAUUCAAGUCGAUCAUAUUCGAAAUUCGUCGCGAGUCUGGUCGAAACGACUCGGCCAAAAAAACAAAAUUUCCGAUUAUCAUAAGAACUUACUUCGCAAAAAUUUCAACGAACAAAUAUCAAAUAUAAAACAAAAUAUUAGCAGAAUAUCAUUGAAAGAGAUGUUGGAUUGGGCUGAUGCGACACUGGAACUUGCGUCUAUCUGGACUACACUCGUAAAAGUACGCUAUUUAUACGGAAACAUCACUAUUGCUCCUUCGAAAUCCAAUUUUCAAUUAAAAGCCAAGGGCACAUGA